AUGGUAUUGUGUAUGUGGAAUUUACAUGGUCCUCAUACAAUUGCACCCGACCUUGAUAAAGAUUACAGUAAGUUGUUUAAUUUUUUGUUGGGUGUUUCUUGGUGUGUAUAUUCAAAGCUCAUCGGUUUUUCUUUUUCAAAUGGUCAUGAAAAUAUCUUCACUUUAAAGAUACAUCAUGGUGGAUUUUUUACAAAGUUCCCAGGAAGAAAGUACGUUGAGGAAAGGUUGGCAUUCUUUGACUUCGUUGACACUGAUCUUUUUUCAGUUCAUGAUCUAAAUGACAUGAUUCGUGAGAUAGGGUAUUCUGCGGAUGACACAAUGUACUAUCAUUAUAGAAUUCCUAAUCUAGACUUAGAUUUUGGAUUGAAGGCUCUAGGAAAUGAUCAAGAUGUUAUAUCUAUGGCUCAAUAUAUCCCUCAAAACAGAGUGAUUAAUGUGUACGUUGAACAUGGUUCUACAAGACUUCACACUUACUUCAUGUCCCCGAGUAAAGUUGUUAUUAAGCAAUUAGAUGAUGAUCCUUCUCCUGAACUUAAUAGGAUUAGGCCUAAGAAUAAGGGAAUUGGUUCUUGUCGCAAGAAAUUAGACAUGAAUGUCCCACUUAAAGAAUCAGCUAAUCAAGCACAAAUAGAAGAUAGUGUGUAUGAUUUUUCCAUGUCCCUAGUUCCUUUUGAGACAAACAAACAAGAUGUGGUUAAUGAUUUUAAGGAUGAAGAAGAUGAAAAAGGGCAUGCAGAAGAUUCAAAAGAUGAUUCAGAAGAGCAUACAGAAGAAGAGGAUGAUUCUGACUACAUUGUUGACCCAGAAGCUAUUUUAGAUGACUGGGAGGUUGAUAUGAGAGAGUUUACCAGUUGUGUGGAUGAGGUUGAAUGGUUUGGACAAGGACCAAACAUAGAAUUAAAAUUAAACCAAGAUGAUGAUUUAUGUGUGAUCAAUAAUGAUGAGUUUGAAGAUGCAGGAUAUGAGGAAGACCUAAGGAAGAGAAUGUUAAAAAACUUGAACAAGAAGGUGCCUUGUUCUUAUGGGGUAGUUCAUGUUACACCAUUUUUUGUGGGUCAAGCUUUCAAAACCAAAAACGAUAUACAGAGCCACAUAAAGAUGAUUUCAAUAAAAACAAGGAGGGCCCUACACAUGGCCAAAAAUGAAAAACUGAGAGUUAGAGUAAAGUGUAAAGGGGUGGUUCCAGAUUCCACUGAUGGUGGGCCCUCCACUUUACAAACCAACAACCCUAGUACAAUAGUGAAGCGGGAAGUGUGUAAUGAACCAAAUCUUGAUAUUCAAACUCGUAUUUUCAAGAGGAUUUACAUUUGUCUUGGAGCAUUUAAGUUGGGGUUCAAAUCUGGAAAAAGGGAAUUACUGGGAUUGGAUGGAUGUUUCUUGAAAGGACCACACCCAGGACAAAUUCUAACAGUUGUGGGUCUUGAUUCCAACAAUGGAAUAUAUCCACUAGCUUAUUCAGUUGUGGAAGCUGAGAUAACAAGUUCAUAUACAUGGUUUUUGAAAUGCCUUGGUGGUGAUUUGGAUUUGGAUGCAUCAUGCAACUUCACUUUUGUAUCUGACAGACAAAAGCUGCAAUGGAGGGAAGAAGAGUUUAGAGAUCAUUUGUGGAGGUGUGCUACAAAUAUAACCAUUAGGCAUUUUGAAAGGGCAAUGAAUGAGUUCAAAGAUUUCAGUGAGGAGGCUCAUGAACGGCUAAGUAAGAUUCCUCCAGUCCAUUGGGGAAGGUCUCAUUUUUCAGGUAGAGCACAUUCAGAUUGUCUGCUAAACAAUCUGUGUGAAGUAUUCAACUCUAAGCUAGAGCAUGGCAGGGACAAGCCUAUCAUUACCUGUUUAGAGUACAUUAGAGUGUACUUGAUGAAGAGACAUUGCAUUGUACAAAAGGAAAUUGAUAAAUGCAAAAGUAUAUUAACCCCUACAACAACUACUUUACUUGACACAAUCAAAACAGUUGCAAGCAAAUACAAGGCACUCUUCUGUGCUGAUGGAACAUAUCAAGUGACUGGUAUGAUGUUUGAUCAAUAUGUAGUAAACUUGAAAGAGGGGACAUGUAGUUGUAGGUAUUGGGAGAUAACAGGGAUAGUCUGCAGGCAUGGAGUUUGUGCAAUAUGGGAACAUAUUCAAAAUGGUGAAAAAGCCCAACAACCUGAAUAUUAG